AUGGCGGGAGAUAAAGAUGAAACUUAUUGUCAAACAUUACCAUCGAAUGCCUAUGGUGGCACUGGUUGCAUUCGCACUAAAUCAUUGCAACGCGAACAAAUUAUUUCUAAUAUUCGUAUGAUGAAAACCAAUAUUAAUGAAUUGUUUCAGCUUUCUGUAUAUCAGCUAGAAGUGAAGUUAUCUUUAUUGGAACGCCAAUUACAGUCGUUUGAAAGGGUUCAGCUGGAUUUGGAAUCCCUCGAUGAAUCAGAAAUAACUCAAAAUCACCGGGCUACCUUUGAAGAUGCGUAUUAUGAAAUAAAGUCUGUAAUUUUGGAACGUCUAGUCUUCCAUAAUGGAAUUGUCUCUGAAACUCCUUUUUCUAGCACACGCGUAGCAACUCAAUCAUCUAAUUCUCAUCGACCUCUUUUGCCGACGCUACAAUUGUGUAAAUUUAGUGGUAACUAUAAGGACUGGAUGGAAUUUUACAACGUAUUUUGUCUAUUGGUUCACGACAAUCAAGAGUUGUCCCCAGUUUCCAAAUUCCAAUAUUUAAAGUCUUGUUUAACUGACAGUGCUUCACGCCUUAUCCAGUCACUAGAAGUUAACGCUCCAAAUUACCAAGUCGCAUUUGAUUUGUUGAAGACAAGGUACAACAACAAAAGACAAUUGUUUCAGUCUCAUUUGCUUGAAAUAUUUAAUAUUGAAAAGGUGAGCAAGCCCAACGUAAUGGCACUUCGUUUGUUUAUUGACAAUAUUAACGCCAGCAUGCGUGCAUUGGAAUCAAUCGUCACAAAACAACAAAUUACAAAUGGUAUUAUGCUACACUUAGUAGUGUCCAAACUCGACACCGAUUUUCAAUCAAAAUGGGAAGAGAGUCAAUCACUCUCUCUAAACACAAGUACAUCUUCAUCAACGCUUCAGUUACCUAGUUGGGAUGAUUUAGUAAAUUUUUUGGAACGACGUUGCAAAUCAUUAGAGAUUUAUGAAAGUACCCACCCAAAUUCAGUAUGUGCAAAACACGCAUGCAAUGUUACAGUAAGGUCAUUGGCUUCAGAUUUUACUACAGCAUUUGAUGCCGUCAUUCUAUCAUCAAUUUCAUCUUGUCAUCCCCAAUAA